CAUCCGAUGGACGAUCGAUACUGCAGUAUACCGUACUUCACUGGGGCGCCAAACACGGAAAUGAAGACAUCAUUAAACUUUUCGCGGGGAAGUACAAGGCGGACGUUAAUUCCAGAACCAAUGGGGGCUACACACCUUUACACAUGGCCGUUCAAUUUGGACAUAGCAAAGUGUUCAAUCUCCUAGUGGAAGUCUACCAUGCCGAUCCCGACGUGAGAGAUUUCAGCGGACGAAUGCCGGAACAAUAUAAGAUAUCUGAAACGCAAAACUCCAACAAAGACACUUACAAAAUCAAAUCCAGGAAGAAGUUGGCAGAUAAGGACUUGAGAUUUCUGCGAAUUGGCUCGCUAAAUGUAAGGGUGAAGAGGACUACUGAGGCUUUUAGCAACUUUCUUGGUGUCGGUGGUGGCUCAUCAAUCAAUCCCACCGAUCUAUCAGGUAAAGUGUAUAAGAGCUGGGGAUCUGCUGAUAAUUUAUCACAGGAUAAUCUCAUGCCAGCCCCCAAAAAUUACGCUGGAAAGCGGAAGAUGAAGAAGUCUGAAAGCACCGGCGUGUGUAGUACGCCAGGUACGCCGAGUCAAGUACCACGUGGGCUACGGUCUAGGAAUUCGUUACAAGAUUCUGACUCUGAUACGGCAGCUGGCUUUGACUCUCAAUGGAAAAACUAAAAUAAUUGAAAUUGUUGCAGCUUGUACUUAAAAAUUGAGUAUUUUUCAUUACAUUCCAUUUUUGGUUUAUUUAUUCAAAGACAAGAUAAUUUCCAGGGGAAGCCUGCAUAUGAUUAAAAAUUCUCAAAGAGAGAAUUGCAUUCGAGAUGGCUUUGACAAAAUUUUAUUUUCUGAAUAAAUCUUUGAAAACUCA